AUGUGUCAGAUGGAGGCGCAGAAGAAGAACAAGGAAGAGAGCAACUCGGUGAAACAGGUAUUAGACUUGGGUGAUCGGACUGUGGUAACGGGUGUGGUGGAUCGAUUGUCGAGUGGAAGUCACCGAUUCGCAUCGAUGGAUCCGAUUGUGAGGGCGCUGUGCAGGGCAGCGAAGCAGGAAAAACAAUGGGAUGAUCUUAAAGAGGUAGAGGAAUACGACGAAGACGAUUGGGAGGAUGAGCGUCGUGAAGCCGCUUGGAGACGUGUUUUCAACGAGAAUGACACCAUCGAAAAUCUCAGAGCAACAAAAGCAGCCAGACAGCAUCGACGUGAGGCUGAGGCAUGCGCUCGAGCCGCUGCAGCUACCGGUGACUGCUUUGCGCCACAAUGGGUCGGCGAUGUGCAGCUGCAAUUCUUCAUCGAACUC